AUGGAGCUGGCCGGGGAGGCACCGGCGGGAGGCCUCGCUGGGGCCGAGUUCCCAACGGAGCCCACGGAAAGUCGGGUCCCGGAACUGGAGCAACCGCAGGUCCCCGCGGAGGCGCAACAGCCCGAGAGUCCCGACAGCAGCCCAAGUCUGGCCCGGACCGCGAGGGAUGCGGCGGGCGCGGGCCCGGACCUCCCGGGGGAGAAGAAGCCGUCCCCGCCUCGCCCUGGGCUCCUGCGGGUGCCGCCUCUCAGCCUGGGCUACGGCGCCUUCCGCCGCCUGGGGUCCGCCGGCCCGGAGCCGCCAUCGCCGGGCCCCGCCUCGGCCGAGCAGCUCCGGGAAGGCGAGGCGCCCGGGGCCGAGCUGCUGCCCUGGGCCGCUCCCGGCGAGCCGGCGCCCGGCGCCUGGGCGCCCAUGGAACUGCAGGUGGACGUGCGCGUGAAGCCUGUGGGCGCGGCCGGCGGCAGCCGCGCACCCUCGCCCGCGCCCUCCACGCGCUUUCUCACCGUGCCGGUGCCCGAGUCCCCCGCCUUCUCCCGCCACGCCUCCCCGGCGCACCCUCUCCUGCAGCGGACACCGUCUCUGGGCGGCACAUGGGGCCGCAGCUCGCAGCUGGCCGCAGCCGGGACAGACAGCGGCCGCGAUGCCGAGGGCCGGGCCAGCCCCGCCGAGGGAAGCGCGGGCUCCCCUACGUGUCGCUGCCGCUGCAAGGAGCUGGGGUUGGAGAAGGAGGACGCAGUGCUGCUGCACCCAGGCGACAAGAAACUGCCCCGGGCUGUAGGACUCAUAGGGCUGCCCACAUACCUGAAGUCCCUGCGCUGGGCCCUGGCGGUCAUGGCUGUGCUCCUGGCAGUCUCUGCGGUCGCCAUUGUGGCCCUGGCCUCUAGAGCAGGCGUCAGGUGCCAGCCAUGCCCCCAGGGCUGGAUGUGGUCCGAGGAGCACUGUUACUACCUCUCUGCAGAAGCACAGGCCUGGGAGGCCAGCCGGGCUUUCUGCUCAGCCCACAGUGCGACCCUCCCCCUGCUCAGCCACACCCAGGACUUCCUGAGCAGAUACCCGGUCACCAAGUACUGCUGGGUAGGGGCCCAGCGAGGCCCCCAGGGCUGGCACUGGAUCGACGGGUCCCCCCUGCCGCCGCAGCUACUCCCAGAGGAUGAUGAGGACAACCCGGAUCUCAGCUGUGCAGGCCUGGAGGAAGGCAAGCUCGUGGCCAUGGACUGCAGCUCUCUGAGACCCUGGGUCUGUGCCAAGGGGACCAAGUGA